AUGAAUGUUUUUUUUAAAAGUGUAAAAUCGCCUUCCUCUGAAACCCUGCCAAGCAUCAGAGGUCCUCGGGUCUCAGAAACACCAACACCUAGAUACACAAAGAAGCAUUUAUCUGGAAAAUCGAUUGUGCCAUCAAGCUCAGUGCCGAACUUUGACGCACUUCCCGAUAUAAAACUCCGUAACCUCAGGCACGUAGAAGUUACGCCGACAUUCCCUCAAAUUUCCCUUUCUGAUCGUGUCUUACCACGGUUACUACCGUCAACAAUUUCAAACUCUUCCUGUGGUAAAAUAAGGGCAUAUGCAGCUAACACCCACCAAGGCUUAACCCGUCUCUACAACGAAGACAAAGCCAUAAUUAUACUAAAAAUCAAAAGUCCACUAAAUCAAAAUAGAUCUCAAUGGCCAAAUUGCUCAUUUUUUGGACUUUAUGAUGGGCACGGUGGCAAAGCUUGUUCUAACUUUUUAAGAGACAAUUUACACCAUUACAUUAUCAACGAUCCUCUUUUCCCAGAUUCCCCUAAACAAGCCAUAUUAAGAGGUUUUUCUCAAGCCGAAUCUGAUUUUUUGAAACUGGCAAAAGAAACCAAUGAAAAAGCAGGCUCUUGCGCCCUUGUAGUAUUAAUUGUAGGGAAAAUGUGCUACGUGGCAAAUGUUGGAGACUCAAGGGCUGCUAUUAGUGCGUCUAAAGGCCAGCAAGCAAUUUCUAUAACGAGAGAUCAUAAACCAAAUGAUCCUGAAGAGCAAAAGAGAAUUCAGGAGAACGGAGGGUCAAUUUAUUACAAUCCAAGCUCACAAAAUAUCAUUUAUAGAGUAUCGCCAGGCAGACUUUCAGUUAGUCGCACUAUUGGUGAUAUAGAUGCCAAGGAUCCUGCAUAUGGAGGCAACCAGAAUGUUUUAAUCGCAACACCUGAAAUAAAAUCGUUCAAAAUAAAAAAACAGCAUGAUUUUAUCAUGAUGGGCUGUGAUGGAGUUUUUGACGUUAUGAGCACAAAAGAUGUAGUGUCGACAGCGUGGAAUAGUAAUUUAAUAUCUGAUGAUUUAACAGCGAGCUUUUGUAGGAAUGCGGUCGAAGAAAUUGUCACACAAAGCAUGAAAAGAGGAAGCUCAGACAACCUCACAGCUAUUGUAAUUGCGUUUGGUCAUGAAGACCAAUAUAGAGCCAAAUCGAAGUGCGCUUAG